UGCAGUUGAAAUUACUUGGGAGAGGAGGUUGAAUCCAUUGAUUUUAGGACGAUGUAACCCAAGUCUGCGAGGAUACGGUGACAAUUUGAAUGAGAAUCCCCUUCAGUUUGUGCAUAAACAUCGUAAGAAGGGCUUAUGUGCUCCUCGCCGCUUGAUUUCCGACUCGGGGUGCUCAGUGUUGUCGGGGUACAGUCAGUUUCAGCUGCACUGCAUCAACAUGGGUGUGAUCGGUGUGCAGCUGGUGGUUACCAUGGUAAUGGCCAGUGUAAUUCAGAAAAUCAUACCUCAUUAUUCCUUCGCAAGAUGGCUACUCUGCAGUGGCAGUCUGCGGUGGUAUCAGCACCCUACGGAAGAUGAGUUGAGGAGCUUAGCUGGGAAACAAAAAGGACAGAAGAAGAAAGACAGGAAGCACAACGGUCACCUAGACAAUAAGCUACUAACAGUUCCCAAGGACAUCGACUUACAGCUGGAGACGAAAUGCAUCACAGAGGUCGACACGUUAGCGUUGCACUACUUCCCAGAGUUCCAGUGGCUGGUGGAUUUCACCGUGGCGGCGACUGUGGUCUACCUGAUAACAGAACUGUACUACAGCGUGGCUCAGCCCUCGGGAGAGAUGAACAUCAGCGUAGUCUGGAGCCUGCUAGUGCUUGCUUUUGUCCUUAAGACUCUUUUCUCUCUAACGGCCCACUACUUCAAGCUGGAGGAAGGAGGGGAGCGUUCACUCUGCAUUACUUUUGCUUUCUUCUUUUUUGUCAAAGCCAUGGCCAUUCUCAUUGUCACUGAAAACUACCUGGAGUUCGGUCUUGAAACAGGUUUCACAAACUUCUCCGACAGUGCUCUAGAGUUUCUGCAUCACCAGGGCUUGGAGUCCCAGGGUCCCAUAUCUAAACUCACCUUCAAGCUGAUCCUGGCCCUGCUCUGCUCCCUGAUUGGAGCAUUUCUAACUUUCCCUGGUCUACGAUUGGCCCAGAUGCACCUAGAUGCACUCAAUCUGACCACAGCCAAAUUUACACAGACUCUGCUUCAUAUCAACUUCUUGUCCCCUCUUAUCAUGGUCCUGCUGUGGGUGAGGCCCAUCACCAAGGACUACCUUAUAAACCCCACUCUGGAAAAGGAGAAUGUGCCUUUGAUGACGGAGGACACGUAUGAUACGUUGCGGUUGUGGGCCAUCAUACUGAUGUGUAUGCUCCGACUCGCCAUGAUGAGACAUCAUUUACAGGCGUACCUCAACCUGGCCCAGAAGGGUGUGGACCAGAUGAAGAAGGAGGCGGGACGCAUAAGUACCGUUGACCUGCAGAAGAUGGUUGCACGUGUUUUUUACUACUUGUGUGUAAUCGCACUACAGUAUGUGGCACCGCUGGUGAUGCUGCUGCAUACAACUUUGCUGCUAAAAACCUUAGGUGGACACUCCUGGUGGGUCUACCCUACAGAAGACCUGCCUUGCAUCUAUGAAAUGAACUCUGACUCUGUGAUGGGGGCGGUACCAAUAGCAGCCCCUCCACCAGUGGUAGAAACAGGAGCCCAGGGGUCGGUAGCCCAGCUGUCAGUGGCCCUGGGAGGCCUGCGGACUGUCUUCAGCCCCAUGUUUUUCCGUGGCCUCUUCUCCUUCUUCACUUGGUGGAUUGCUGCCUGCCUCUUCUCCACCUCCCUCUUCGGUCUUUUCUACCAUCAGUAUCUCAUGGCGGCAUAACACCCACCCUGUGUCGGACCUGAUCAGAAAGGACUGAGUAGGAAAACAGAGGCCUAAUGAUGACACAAAUCCGACUUUCCCUUCCUCCCUUCCUCUGACCAACUAAACCCUGACUGACCAUAUCUUCAGAGCUCCUGGUUCAACUUCCAGUGCUUCCUCCACAGAUGACUCUGUGAACUCUUGUCAUUGUUUUUAAUACACAACCAUUUCCUUUUUUAUUUGGAGCGCAAGGUUUCUAAACCCCUAACAGACUAAAAUGUGAGUUAGAAGAAUAUUAUUGUGUCAUUUGGUGUAUUGCCAUAGUAAUGAGAAAUUGGUCCAUGCUGUGUGACAUUCUAAUCAUGUGAGGUAAAGUAAUACAUCUCAGAAGCUGAUUACAAUUAAUUUAAACAGUGUUUAGCAUUUCCACUCAGUUCGACCAGUGUCAGGAGAGAGUUUAAUAAUGUUCUUUUCACAACUGAUCUCAUGUAAUACUCUGCAACACUCAGUACAUGCCGUGAGGUUUAUGUUUUAUCGGUUGGUACGUAUGUGCGGGGCCUUGAUUCCAACCUCUCAUUACAGGCCAUAAUGGGGCUUUUUCCCCUCAGUGAUACAACGUGAAGGAGCUUCAUAGAGGUCACAAAUAAUGCGGGAUCUGAGGAGGUUUGUUUGUGACUUCAUUUGAGCCUUAAAAUCACAUUUGAGUUUUUGUAAGUUUUGGGGAAAAACAAUGACUGACUGAUUGUGCCCCGUUUGUCCCUUUUGAUCAAAAAAUUCUAAAUAUGUGCGUUCAAACAAAAUUGCCUGUUUUACUAAAAUGUCUCAAUUUGAUUGCCACGGACCAUAUUAGUGUCGGAAAUAGUCUUAAAAUGUUGCGUCAAGGACCAGCACGCCUCUGUUUGAAGGAGGAGGGAGGGGCGGCCUGUUCUGUUCCCUGAAUGGCUGUCAGCUAAAUGGGGUCAGAGAGUGGACUACUGAAGAAGCUGCAGAGGAGAUGUAAAACUCAUGGGGAGAUUCUUCUCCUUGACUUGAAACUGAUGUAUUUAAGUGUUUAAUCUGCGUCGUAACCUUCUUGGUUUUAACUGAGCCAUUUUAGAGUUUAUGAGAGAAUUUUUUUAACAGCAGAGACGAUUUAAAGGGACAACAGCUCGGAGGGCUCGGCCCAGGUUUGCUCUCGUUUCCAUGUGUCUUGUCUGCGUGUACAGGAUCUCUGCUGUAAUCUAAAAGGGCAUUGUGAUAAAGAUGAGAUGAUAUCGAAUACUGUUGGUGAACUAACGCCUUUAUGUUCUGCUUUCCAUUUGAUCUUUUACCCAUCCUUUGCUUUUUUAACUCAUUUAAGAACAGUUGUUUUUAUUCUUUUUCUAAUGGAUCAAAGUUUGAAUUUUUUGAUUUUUAAUAUGGUGCCAAGUGAGUCCCUGUCCGAACGGCUAUAGAUUUGGUGUCUGCUAGUGUUUCAACCUUUAACUGGACUACAACUCAGCGGCCUUCAUUCUUCUGUAGUUCCAUCUCAAUAAAGAGGGGAAUCACAAGCCCUGGUUUCCAUCGAGACAUAACAGCAUUUACAGUGUCUUUGCCUACUGUACUUCUUUGGUGGGUAAAUGUAUGCACUAAGAGUCACAAAGGGGCUAUGAUUGUCUGGUCCUUCCAGGAAUGUAGGGUACGUGGUGCCAGAUGAAUUACAAUCUUGUGGUUUUCUCGCAUUUACUGUUGUCAUUAUUAUACCAUAGAGCUGUAGUUUAUGAAUUGCAGCUCUAUGGGUUUUGUACAGAACAUAUUUUACAACCUCAAGCAGCACCAUAUCACAUUUUCAGCUCCUGAUGUCGAAAAGUCUUAGUCUUUUUUUUUUUGUGUCCGUUUUAAAAGAUGGGGAAUAUGCACAUAAUGAAUGUAUCAAUCCUGCCUGAUUUCUAGAUUGUUUAUGAGAAUGAUUUAUAUGGUGAGUUGAUUUAACACCCCUGCACUUCCUGAACUCUUUCCUCGUCUACUACCAUCGUUUAAUCUACCUUUUCAAGCUAAAUCUAAUUUAUCCUAAUGAUGAUUUUUAUUGAUUGAUUUAUCUUUGUUUUUCUAUUUAUUACACAUGCUGAGGCCUGUAAACAUUUCUAAUUUUAACAACAAACAUGAUUUUGUUAUGGGGGGGUUUAAAUCAGUUUUUGAAAACGUGUUUGACCAAUCAGUUACAGACUAAUCUUUUCUUUUUAAUUGUCUGGUCCGUUAAGAAGUAGCUGGGAUACUUUCAGAAUUCAGUGGCCUGAUGAGGCGAUGUUUUCUUCUGUUUGUUACCUCUGAAAGUGUUUAUGAUUCAUUGUUGAGUUCACAAAGUAAAUUACACACAUUGUUCUUUCAUGUAUUUAUUUCUGUUUUAGAUUUUUGUCUUAAAUAAAUUAUGUUCUUUA